AUGGAGGCUGCAGUGAGGUGGAUGGAGGAAGUGUUGGUGUUACGGACUCAUGUGAUGGUGCGCGUGGGUGGAGGUUGGGACACACUUGAGCAUUACCUCGACAAACACGAUCCCUGUCGCUGCGCCGCAUUCGCUCACCGGUAUCAGCAGGCUAAAGCAAGUGGCCAGGGUCCUCACAGUAAGAGCUCCAGCACUCACUCCUCCCGCUCCACAAGCCCAGGACCUCACUGGCGCAAUGAGGGCAUGGCACCCUACAAAACCCCCGAUAGGCGCUCUUUGGACCCUGUGUUGGGCGCUACAGCACAUUCCUCUCCAUCACGGCCUGGCAGGUCGCACCAUGCAGCUGUACCUGUGGAGAUGGAGACUAACGCAGGGCGACCCACGACACUGCUGCCUCGACCGCCACGAGACAGAUCAGAACCAUGCCACUUGAAUCCUCUCAGGAAUAAGGAAUCUCUUCUGACUCGCAGGCUAUCAGGAGAUAGUGACUCUUCUACAGCCUCGUCUAAAGGUGGAGGAGGAAGCCCAGGAGGAGGUCGCUUCUCUCUGGGUACACGGCAUGCUCAUAGAGACAAGGUGGUUCUACUGGUGAACCGUAAGGAAGGGAAACACAUUAUUGAGCGUCCUGGAGCGGGAGCACAGAUUCCAGCCCUGAGAACCCCUCAGACCCGUGCCCGUAGUGCUUCCAGAGAGCGCCCUGCACCACUGUCCACCUCAGUCUUGAAACCUACUCCACCACAGGUCCCAACAGAGGUACAUCGAACUCCCCGCACAGAGAGAGGCAGAUCACUAGGACCCGAAGGUCCUAGGAAGCUGCUGGCUCCACGCUCCCUCAGCCAGGGCAAGACUCCUAGAUUGGGUGACGUCAGCCUUGGAUCAUCACCUCGCCGCAGAGACCCUCAUUCUCUUUCAGUAGAUCGGAGAGAGGAACUAAGACCCAAGCACAUGCCCGCAGCAUCCUCAAAAACAAAUGGAAGUUUGCCCAGAAGGCAAGCAUCUUCCUCAGCCUCUAACUCACCUGUGAAAAGCUGUGCCAGCGGUAGUCCUGUGAAAAAGGGGAUGGUAGCGCCACGCCCCCCUGCGCCUUUGUCGCCUUCCACUGGCAGUCGAAAGUUGCUUCCUCCUGUCACACAGCCAGGGCGCCGCUCUCCGCAUUCUUCCCCUCGAUCAAGUCAUCACCACCCACCACGUUCCCCUCGGUCUGCACACAAUUCACGACCCACAGGGAGAGACCAAAAAGGUUGGGCAAAUCCCUACAACCAGCAGCAGGAGAGCCAGGAAGACAGUGGUAUUUUUAGUUUACACCUGCUGGCAAGUCUGGACCCUCAAAAGGAGCAAGACCUAUAUCGCAGCUUUGAGGCCGAGUUUCUGGCCAACACGCAACAAACCAAAUCUGUGCAGGGUAAAGCAUCCACUGGAGGGGAAAUGAGGUCGCUACAGCUCCCUGGCUCCCAACAAGCUUUAGGGGUGCUCCCAGCCUCUUCGGGUGACACUAAUGUUACAGACUCGGCUUACUCUUCUUCUAACUCUUCAACAUCUUCUCUUAAUGUCGGAGGUAAGGUGGGAAUCCUACCUGAUUUGCGAGAGUCUAAACGGACUAAUCCUCGCACCGGUGCACUCGAGGACCCUCCUGCUCUUCUCCACAGCCAGAGUCGUGGAGGCCUCCCCAAUGGAGGGCUCCUGGAGGGAGAGCGAUGGGGGGGUAAAGGAGGAGGUCUUCGUAAGCUCCCUGCCAUCUCCAGCUCCACAGAGGAAGGAGAGGCCUCAAAUCCAGGCCUAUCCAGGUCAGUGUGCCUCCCCAAAGACAUCAAUGGGAGCCUCCCUUUGACGGAGGUGCCGUCGUGGAGGCCCAAUGGAGGGCUCCUGGAGGGAGAGCGAUGGGGGGGUAAAGGAGGAGGUCUUCGUAAGCUCCCUGCCAUCUCCAGCUCCACAGAGGAAGGAGAGGCCUCAAAUCCAGGCCUAUCCAGGAAUAAGGAAUCUCUUCUGACUCGCAGGCUAUCAGGAGAUAGUGACUCUUCCACAGCCUCGUCUAAAGGUGGAGGAGGAAGCACAGGAGGAGGACGCUUCUCUCUGGGUACACGGCAUGCUCAUGGAGACGAGGUGGUUCUGCUGGUGAACCGUAAGGAAGGGAAACACGUGAUUGAGCGUCCUGGAGCAGGAGCACAGAUUCCAGCCCUGAGAACCCCUCAGACCCGUGCCCGUAGUGCUUCCAGAGAGCGCCCUGCACCACUGUCCACCUCAGUCUUGAAACCUACUCCACCACAGGUCCCAACAGAGGUACAUCGAACUCCCCGCACAGAGAGAGGCAGAUCACUAGGACCCGAAGGUCCUAGGAAGCUGCUGGCUCCACGCUCCCUCAGCCAGGGCAAGACUCCUAGAUUGGGUGACGUCAGCCUUGGAUCAUCACCUCGCCGCAGAGACCCUCAUUCUCUUUCAGUAGAUCGGAGAGAGGAACUAAGACCCAAGCACAUGCCCGCAGCAUCCUCAAAAACAAAUGGAAGUUUGCCCAGAAGGCAAGCAUCUUCCUCAGCUGUGAAAAAGGGGAUGGUAGCGCCACGCCCCCCUGCGCCUUUGUCGCCUUCCACUGGCAGUCGAAAGUUGCUUCCUCCUGUCACACAGCCAGGGCGCCGCUCUCCGCAUUCUUCCCCUCGAUCAAGUCAUCACCACCCACCACGUUCCCCUCGGUCUGCACACAAUUCACGACCCGCAGGGAGAGACCAAAAAGGUUGGGCAAAUCCCUACAACCAGCAGCAGGACAGCCAGGAGGACAGUGGUAGUUUUAGUUUACACCUGCUGCCAAGUCUGGACCCUCAAAGGGAGCAAGACUUAUAUCGCAGCUUUGAGGCCGAGUUCCUGGCCAACACGCAACAAACCAAGGCUGUGCAGGGUAAAGCGUCCACUGGGAGGGAAAUGAGGUCGCUACAGCUCCCUGUCUCCCAACAAGGUUUAGGAGUGCUCCCAAACUCUUCGGGUGACACUAAUGUUACAGACUCGGCUUACUCUUCUUCUAACUCUUCAACAUCUUCUCUUAAUGUCGGAGGUAAGGUGGGAAUCCUACCUGAUUUGCGAGAGUCUAAACGGACUAAUCCUCGCACCGGUGCACUCGAGGACCCUCCUGCUCUUCUCCACAGCCAGAGUCGUGGAGGCCUCCCCAAUGGAGGGCUCCUGGAGGGAGAGCGAUGGGGGGGUAAAGGAGGAGGUCUUCGUAAGCUCCCUGCCAUCUCCAGCUCCACAGAGGAAGGAGAGGCCUCAAAUCCAGGCCUAUCCAGGUCAGUGUGCCUCCCCAAAGACAUCAAUGGGAGCCUCCCUUUGACGGAGGUGCCAAUGAAAAGCCAGCAGGACCUGGUGGAAUGGGCUGGGGGGGAGGGAGAUGUACCACAAAGUACCGAACAUCGCUCGGACCUGCCAUAUGACGAUGCUGACCUGCCACUUCUUGAGACAUUUCCCUCCCCUCCACCACCUCUAGAUGACUGUUCUUACCAGGACUCUUCCAGUGAGAGCUCCUCCAUGUGCUUAAGUCUGAGUGAGCCUCCAUCUGAAGGGUCCUGCACUCCUCCUCUACCGCUGGCCAAUGGGGAUACGAAUGACGCAGUCAUCCUCCGUGCCAAGAAAGGUAAAAAGAAGGCAGAGAGGGUGCCCUCCAUCUACAAGCUCAAGCUACGGCCGCGGAUAAGACCCCGCACUGACAACAGACCCGAGAACAGUCCGUCACACAUCCCUACACCUGUACGAUACAGAAAUCAUUGUCAGCAGUCUCCUGCCGAUUCAUCUCCCCUCCAGACCCCACCACAGUCCCCACAUUUAAACAAUCACCAACCCUCACACAAAGCUCUGCAUCAGGCCUUUGCUGACCUCAUCCAGCCACAGCAUCGUUCCCCAGCUAUUGGCUCUAGAGAGUUUGCCUAUUCUUCAGAGUCCAGCCUAGACAACAAGGCCUGGAUGUAGUGAAUGAUGAUGAUGAUGUACACAAGCAACUGACUUGGUCUGUAUUCAUUCGCUCAGCAUAUAAAGCUUUAUAGUCAGAUUAGAGAAAGGAAGGGUGGAAAAAAAAGCACAUUUGUAAGACUGAGAUGAUGAACAUCUGACUGUUGUGUAAAACAUGUAGCAGGAUGCUGGAAUCCUUACUGUCAUUUCACUGGAGACAGAUGUGUCCUAAAGUGGCAAAGAACAUACAACGCCAUUCUUGACAUCGUGGACCAACAUAGCCUGUUGUGAAGUAAAUCGGAGAGCUACUGUACAUGCACCAUCUGAGCUAUGUUUAAUUUUGUUCGAGUCAUCAUUUUUCCAUAGAUUUUUUUUUCUGUUUGAGAAAGGAAAUUACUGCAUUUCCCUUAAGAGAUUUGUAUAGGUUUUAAUGCUCUUUAUUAAUAUCCUCAUGACCUGUUUUUGAAUUAGUUCCAUGAGGACAAAUUUUAGCUGGUUUAGUAAAGUAUUCAUUUGUUAAGUUUUGGAACGAAGUGUAAAAAUCUUAUUUUAAUCAGGGAAUUGUAAUAUACUGAGUAUACUGCAUACUGGAGAAUAAGAGCUGUAGAAUCAGUAGAGCGAAUAAGAUGUUGGAAUCAGUUUGGUGUAAUUUUAUGUGCAAGACAAACGCCUAAAUGACAUUUUGACCAUACUUCCAUGUGAAAUCCAAAUGAUCCAAAUUGGAAAUGCAAUUUAAGUGGCUGUACUGUUGUUUUAGCCCAGGAUAAAUAGGACGGCAUAUCAGCUUGUUGAAUCGGUUCGAGGAAUCUUCUCAGAAACGUUUAUGAGAAGACAUAAUUCACACAUUAUGUGCUUAAUAUCACCUUGGCAGACAAACAAAUGUUGUAUUUUAUUGUUUUCUGUACAAAUUAAUAUGGUUAAUGUAUAGGUUUUUAUGUA